CGGCCGUUCGCUCCGCCAAUAACGCGGGACGCUUGGGUGUGGUUUAUUAGUGCCGUGGGACCGUCAGGUAAAAUUGUGUUUCAUGAGAGCGUAGUGUUUACGCUGCGCGUCCAGGCGGCUGAUCGGACGUCUCGGCUCUCUCUCUCUCAUUCUCGAUCGGUCUCGGGGCGCGGCGACAUGAAGAAGAGGAGUCUGUCCGGCAACGUCGGCGUCGGCGUGUUCCUGGUGGGGUUCGUGUGCGUGUGCGUUGCCUUUGGCACGCCCGCCUGGUUGGUCAGCGACCCGCGGAUCGUCGGGGCGCAGCUCGACCGACUCGGCCUAUGGCGACACUGUUUCAGAUCGCUGCCCAAUCCCCAGGAGUCCGAUGCGCCCAGACGAUUCUUCGUCGGCUGCAGAUGGGUCUAUGAUCCGUUCACCGCGGGCUACUCCGAGAUCCGUGGCUUUUUACUGCCUUCGUUUAUGAUAGCCACGCAAGUCUUCUUCACGCUAUGCUUUCUGCUGGGCUUGAUAUCGUUCUUUUUGAUAUUACUCUUCACUCUGUGCUGCGAUCCAGAACGAAAAAGAUAUAUCGAGCUGAUAACUGUCAUUGGUUUUUUGCUGCUGGCCAGUGGUCUUAGUGGUGGCUUGGCAGUCAUCAUAUUCGCCUGCCUCGGUAAUGCUGACGAGUGGAUGCCGGGACACGACAAUAAUUAUUUAGGAUGGUCUUUCGCUCUAGGCGUUAUAGGUAGCGUGCUAAUACUGAUCGCCAGUGGUUUGUUGCUGGUAGAAGCGAAUGUACAACGAAAGAAACGAGAUUAUCUGAAAGAAUCUCAAACGCGUUUCCAACUAGAAUCUCGCGCCUAAAACAAACAAUGGUUCUUAACGGUUAAAAUAACCGUUCUUAACCAUAUACAGUAAUCACAGCAUUUAUACUAAAAGUCUGUAGUAUCAUUCCGUCCAUAAGGUGCAACUUUUUACUGUAGAACUUUUCUCUUUCUAUAAAAUGUACAAAAAAAGAAGCAGAUCUGUAUUAAUUUAAGUUUAGACUAAAAUAUAUAAGUUUAAUAUUUUUGUACGAUAUUUUAUAUAUCUUUAUACAUACAUAUAUAUUACGUAUGGGAUUACAGUAUUGUAUGAUAAUAUUGUUAUUAAUGAAAAAAAUGCGGAACGUUCCGUAAUAAUGUUUCAAAAUGCUAACAGAAAAAUUCAUGUAUAAAAAAGAUCUAUGAUUUUAGUAAUAAGUUCUUUUUGAAACGUUUUUUUAAAUCUUCCAUUCUUUCAUCGAAAGAUCUUUUAUUAUAGUUUUAAAAUUUUAACCUGUUGACUUUAUUGUACGAACUCAGUAACUUUUAUUUCUUUGACGAAUUUUUCUAUUACAUUUUGAGACGGAUUACGAAAUGUCUCGUAUAUUGUACAUCUUAUAUAUAAUAUUGUAUAUUAAGAUUCAAGCACGAAAUUUAAUUGAUGCACAAUACAUUCAUGCAUAUUUUUAACAGGUAUAUAUAUAUACAUAUAUAUAUAUCCGAAGAAAUAUAAUAGUUCAUAAUUCAAUCGGAUAGCAAAGUAAAUUUUGUAACUCCGUCCUUUACCAAAUAAAACUUCUAAUGCAAGCUA